AUGGAGAUCACUAAACCUGGAAACUCACAAGAGGAUUACCUAGCACUGGCUUACGCACAUCAACAAGAGGUUGGCGGGAAGUACGUUCCCUUCUUAGAUAUCCUCAAAGAGGUGCUCGAGGACAGCAUAACAUCUGAUGAGGCAGCAACUCGAGUCUCUACUUUUGUCUUCUCACACAACGACUUCUUAUCCAUAUACUCUGGCGUUUUGUCAACGAUUAUUGGUGCAGCACAUCAACUCUCUGAGCAACGAGAUCUUUCCAAACUCGCUGGUCUUGUAUCGGCACUCUCGCGAUUACCUGAUGACCGCAAUGACAGCAACAAGACGCUUCAUCUAUAUCUUGAACUUGAGAGUUAUGACAUAGCACCUCAAGAGGUCAUUGAAGUCGACGACGGCAAGAUCUGGUGUGAUCUACCUUGUUUUCACACCGAGCUAGGCGAUUCAAUGCGAGGUCCUACAGCCUACAUCAACGACGGCAUUCCAGAACACAUAGCCGAACAACAAUGGACAAACCUCAACACCUUUGCCGCUUGCCUCAUCUCCAACAGAGCCGAUUCCCCUCGUUCAUUUGACUAUUUGUAUACUUUUGCCUUUCGCUGCAUUACCGAUUCGCUGGAGUGGGACGCGAGAACUGAGCAAGGGAUGUUUUCAUUGUACUCUUUGCCAGCGGCGAUGAGAUGGCUUUGUAUUGCAGGGCAAAAGGUAUGGGAGAAUGGGACAUGGUGUGUUGCUGGGCCUCUGUGGCGAGGCUAUUGUGAGGGAGAGGAGGUUGAGGUGGAGGAUGGUGGAAACAAUGGGAUUACCCUAGAAAGAUGGCUUUGGUGGGCUGAGAGAUUGGAAGAGUUGGGAGAGAGCAACAUGAUUGAUGAGGAAGCGAAGGCCCUGGCAGGAAGCUGUGCAGAGAUGAUUAGGGAAUGGGCAGCGGAUGAUAGUGGACCCAGGGAAGGGAAUCCUUAG